AUAAACAAAUCGUUGCAGUCUAGAAAUGAUAUGAACAUUAUCCCCUCGCGUUUUCCUUUAAAGAUAUAGGAUUUUUAAUCAAUAAAUGUCAAUGAUAAUAACUGAAUAGAAAUGUAGUUUACAAAACAAACAAAACAAAUCGCGCGAUAAACAUUUCUAAUCUCUCAGUGCAUGAUGUUUUUUCUUAGCACAAAAAAGUGACUAUGCUAUGAAUCAGAUAUAUGUACAGAAGCACGGGUUCACUGGAAAAAAAUAUCAACAGUACUGAACUUGAGCAGCACUAUACACGAAACUAGCGAUUGUAUUGUGAUUGUGAUCUGAUCUGAUUGAACAGCAACGAUGAAGCCAAAUGCUGUCCGGAGCCGAAUCCGUCAUCAGGAGUUGAAUCCCGUGUUCCACUGGCAGAAUAAGGAGGAAGACGAAAAGGUUCUGAGUAAAAUACGAAUAAAACAGGCGCUCAAAUCUGGAACGCUGAAUUUGUCCGGACAGGGCUUGGUCACAGUGCCUGAGAAAGUGUGGAAUCUCAGUGAUUCUGAGGACUGUGAUAAAGAUGUACGAUACAACCUGGAUCGCAGCAACGACGAGGAGUGCUGGUGGAACCAAAAAUCCCUUACUAGUCUUGAUCUAAGCUCCAACACACUAACCGAUAUAAGCGAUAACAUUCGCAAUUUGUCAGAUUUAACUGUGCUAAAUUUGCAGGAUAAUGCACUAACCAGCCUUCCGAUUGGAAUUGGAUGUCUUACUAAACUAACAAAAUUGAACAUUAGUAGGAACAAACUUACAGAACUCCCGGAGAGUUUUUUUAAUCUUAAAGAACUCAGAACGCUUAAUUUAUCGAACAAUGAAUUUGCAGAAAUUCACAGUAAUGUUAGCGAUCUCAUAAUGCUUGAAAUACUGGAUAUUUCAUUCAACAGUCUUAAUUCGUUGCCUGGUGGAAUAGGGUUUUUAGUGCGUCUUCAACAGCUAACACUUAACAACAAUCGGCUCGUAGAACUACCAAAUGACAUUGUUAAUUUGCGAAACCUGCACAAACUGGAACUUGGUAAAAAUGAUCUUCAAAAAUUGCCACCCGUAAUGGGAGAGUUACGCAAGUUGGAAUGUCUUUAUGUUCAGCAUAAUGAUAUAGCAGAAUUGCCAGACUUCACUGGUUGUGAGGCUUUGAAAGAACUACACAUUUCGAACAAUUUUAUCAAAUCCAUCCCAGCUGACUUCUGCGAAAAUUUACCGCAAUUGAAAAUUUUGGAUUUGCGUGACAAUAAGAUAGAAAAGCUUCCCGAUGAAAUUUCGAUGCUCGCUAGCUUGACUAGGCUAGACUUGUCGAACAACUCGAUCAGUAGUUUGCCGUCCUGUUUGUCGACAUUAUCGCACCUGGUGAGUUUACAAGUGGAAGGAAAUCCUAUUCGCUCUAUUCGGCGAGACAUCAUCCAGUGUGGAACCCAGCGUAUACUGAAAACUUUAAGAGGUCGUGAUGGACAACCGAUGGGAGGCGCAACAACUGUCAAAGUUCCCUUCGAAGAAUCAACUUUCCAGACGUCUACCAAAUGAAAAAAGGGACGGUCCAUGAUAAUCAGUAACAAACAGUUGUUUUGAUAUUCCCGAUCAGGUAUUCCUGAUGCUGUCGAAGCAUCAGUCUACAAUGUUGACAUUAGCAAAAACAAAUUGAAUACUGUGCCAUCUGGGCUCAAACACCUUGCAAGUUUCAUAACGGAGUUGAACAUAAGUUUCAAUCUGCUGCGCACGAUUCCAUCUUUCUUUUCAUUAUUCGAUCGAAUCAGUUAUUUGAAUGUUUCCAAUAAUCAAUUGGAAGCAUUACCCGAAGUUGUAGGACUGUUGGUGACCCUGCGUGAACUUAAUGUUGCAAAUAAUCAACUAAAAGAAAUUUCUCCGUGCAUUUUUGAAUUAAAAGGCUUGGAAAUUCUUCUAGCGAGGGAUAACAAAAUCGAAGAAAUAGAUGCUUCAAGUGUUGGUCUCGGAGCACUUCCUCGUUUGGCGACUCUGGAUUUGGCAAAUAACAAUAUCAAACAAGUGCCACCCAUGUUGGGUACAUUGAAGAAUAUAACGUAAGUACAUAUGGUCAAUCUAAUCUAAUCUAUGUAAUCCAUUAUAUCAAAUGUUCCGCGUUACAGAACUUUAAGAGCUGAUUGGCAACAGCUUCAGACAACCCCGCAUCAAAUUUUGGAAAAAGGAACCGAAUCUAUAAUGGCCUAUUUGAGAGAUCGGAUACCACAAUGAAGAGGAUUCAACUGCAUGGAAUACAUAUAUUCGUGAUUGAAACAAAAAACCAACAUGUAGCACAUUUCCUUUUGUUAUUUUAUUGAUAGUAGCACACUGUCUUAGGGCAUGAAUCAUCACAAAAUUUUAUACUGAGCUUAAAACUAAGAGUAGUUGAACUUGAUAACAUAAAUGCAUGAAAACGA